GUAAACCGUUGAAGUCUAACCCCAUAACCCCCCACAUUCUCCCAUAACCAAAAAGAAAACCCCUAAAUUCUCCCCUUUGAUCCAUAUUUAUAGUUCAUUUUCAUAAUCACUCCAAAACACAAUUAAUCCAAUAAUCAUAAAACGUUGUUAAUCAUAAUUAACAACAACAAUGGCGAAAUUAAGCAACAUCUUAAUCACAGCCCUAAACAUCUUAACAACAAUAAUAUCAUUAAUAGCAAUCGCAAUCUUCAUUUACCUUCACUUCUUCAUUAAUGGAAGUCCAACACAUUGUCAACAAAUGGUAGAGUGGCCUAUUCUUAUUGUAGGCCUAAUUCUUUUGACGAUCUCACUCUUAGGAAUGAUCGGUUCAUGGUGUCGAAUCACUUCGCUUCUUUGGAUUUACAUCGUCGCGGUGGUUGGUAUUAUGAUUGGUUGGUGUAUAUUCUCGGUGUUUGUGUUUAUGGUUACGAAUAAGGGUGCCGGUAAGGCGGUUUCCGGUGUAGGGUUUGAGGAGUAUAGGGUUGGUGAUUUUAAUCAUUGGUUACAAAAACAUGUUGUUAAUGGUAACAAUUGGGUUCAGAUUCGGAGUUGUUUGGUUGACACUAAAAUUUGUGGGUCUUUGGAUCGGGUUUAUACCAAUGAUGGGGCUGAUUUUCUCAAGAAUAAUUUGUCUCCAAUUCAGUCAAGCUGUUGCAAGCCACCAACAUCAUGUGGGUUUACACCUAAAAACGCAACCAACUGGGAGGUUCCGAAAUCCGGUCCCGCCUCAUCGGAUACCGACUGCAGUACAUGGAAUAAUGAACAGAACAAGUUGUGCUACGAUUGCAAGUCAUGUAAGGCAGGUGUACUUGCGAACCUGAGGAUGGAGUGGCGACAUUUCUUGAUCUUCAAUCUCAUCGUCAUUCUCAUUCUCUUUGUUAUUUACAUGAUUGGUUGUUGCGCUGUUCGCAACAAUUAUACUCCUUCAUCUAUUCAUAAGUACCCUUAAUUUAGUUUAAUUUAAUUUAAUUAGAUUAGCUUAAUUAAUGGUGUGUUUCACUUCUAGCAUAGUUAAUUAGAUUAUUAUCAUAGCGCACAUUUCUUUUCUGUUUAGUUUCUUCAAUUAGUUUUAUAGGUUGGAUUGUGUUAUUUAAUUAGUUUUUGUUUUCAAGUGUUAAGCAGGAUUUAUCUGUAAUUUAGGAAAUGAUUUACUUAAUUAGUGGGUUUAUUUAGGUCAUAGCUUGGGAAUUUAUUAUUGUUAACUUUUGGAGAUUCAUGCUAUUGAUUUAUACCUUGUGUUAA